AUGCCUUCAUUUGUCGAAAUUAAUAAUUCAAAAUUUCAUUUCUCUAGACUUGAUAUUAUAAAAGGUGUUGAGCAACUAGACAAGAAAUUCGUUGAUUUGGCAAGUUCUAAUUUGGGAGGAAAGAUAAUUGAAUGCAGCGAUGAAUUUUUUGCUGAAGCAUCCAAUUUACUUAAACCCCACAAACCUGUCAGAAAACCUGGAAAAUAUACCGAACGUGGAUCAUGGAUGGACGGAUGGGAGUCUAAACGACACAACCCCUUUCACGAUUGGGUCGUGAUUAAGUUGGGUUUCGAAGGGCAUAUAACAGGAUUUGAUAUCGACACUUCGUAUUUUGAAGGAAAUCAAGCUCCAAUGGCCGAUGUUGAAGCUUGUUUUUCUCCCAAUCAUGAUUAUGAUAAUAACACUAACAUACAAAAAACUACCAUGAAAUUUACCCACGUUAGAUUAAAUAUUUAUCCCGACGGUGGUGUCGCACGAUUUAGAGUAUACGGAAUUGUAAGCGCAAGAUGGCCAAAAGAUCACUCAACACCAGUAGACUUGGCCUACGCGGGUAACGAAGGUCGAAUCAUUUCUUAUAGUGAUCAACAUUACGGUAAAUCGGAUAAUAUUUUAUUGCCAGGUCGUGGAAAAGACAUGAGUGACGGAUGGGAAACACGACGUUCUCGUCAACCUAAUCAUAAUGAUUGGAUAAUAAUCAAAUUGGGAUGUCCAGGUUAUUUGGAAAAAGCUGAAGUGGAUACAGCAUUCUUUAAAGGGAAUUAUCCCGAUAGAGUUUUACUUGAAGGUUGUUUUUGUAAUAACGAUGUGUUGUUAGAGGAUGGUGGUUCAAAUGUGGAUUGGGAUAUUAUUUUAGAAAAAAGCAAACUUGGACCUCAUAAGCAACAUUAUUUUGACUUGAAGAAGAAAUAUAAAAAAUUUUCGCACGUUAAAAUGACGAUAUUUCCUGAUGGUGGAGUUAAGCGAUUGAGAAUUAUUGGGAGGAGAGAACUAACUGACAAAGUGGAUGAUAAUUUUGUAAAAAGCGAGUUAUCCGAGAUGACUCAUUCAUCAGUUGUACAUAUCGUUGCCACCCCAUUAACUUAUGCCUCCUUUUCACCAUACGGAAAUAUAAUUCAAUCAUUUCCCGAACAAACUUCUACUCAAAAUUCCUUUUCAAUAACUCAUGGUAUUAAAGUAACGCCUGCUAAUCAAGGGACCGCACGUAAAUACAAUCAUGUUGCUUCCGUCAUAAAUUAUCGUCAAUCAAAUAUUCUACUUAACAAAGAUCAAUCGAGUGAUAAAACGCGUGUAAUUGCUAAAGCUGUGCCUAAUUUAAGUUUAUAUAAAUGUUCGCCUGUAAAAUCGCUUCCGUUUACUGUACGUUUAUUGGAAAGGCAUCCCUAUUCGUCGCAAACGUUUUUACCCUUGAGUGAUGGUAAAGUUAAAGGAUAUUUGGUUGUGGUAUGUUUAAAUAAUGACGUUGGUGAACCAGAUUUGAGCACCCUUAAAGCAUUUAUCGCGUCAAGCAUCCAAGGAAUUAAUUAUCAUCCCGGUAUUUGGCAUCAUCCUAUGAUUGCUUUAGAAAAAACUACGGAAUUUGCAUGUUUAACGCAUGAAUCAGGAAUUGCCAAUGAAGAUUGUGAAGAAAUUGAAUUUGAGGAAAAAGAUUUUGUCGUAGUUAAUGUUCCAGGAUUUCACUAA